AUGCCUGAACAAUCCCUACCACCAAGCUCUCUGCGCGACCACAUGGACAAAUACGCCGGCGAAACAUACGUCGAAGGCUGGGCCGAGCUAUGGAACAAUAAGCAAGAGAAGGAGCCACUACCAUGGGACCGGGGCUGUCACAGUACCGCUCUAGAGGAUCUUCUGAUGAAAUGGAAGCAAUCUGGGGAAGGUGUCUUUGCUCAAAAGCCUCAAGGAGGACGACGUAGACGAGCGCUUGUUCCAGGAUGUGGCACGGGGUAUGACGUGCUGCUUCUGGCUAGUUUUGGCUUUGAUGUAUAUGGACUUGAUUAUAGUCGUACUGCUGUUGAGUAUGCAAAGGCAUAUGCGGCCGAGAAUGCUGAAAAGUAUCCCGUCAAAGAUGCUGAGCUUGGGAGGGGAAACUAUGUCUAUGUGGAGGGGGACUAUUUUAAGGAUGACUGGCUGGAGGGCCUCGGGCUUCCGAAUAACUCUUUCGAUUUGAUAUACGACUAUACCUUUUUCUGUGCCCUGCAACCAUGGCUACGACCGCGAUGGGCAAUGAGACAUCGUCAAUUACUUGCGCCGGCACCAACUGGGACUUUGAUCUGUCUUGAAUGGCCUCGUCUCAAGGAUCCGAAAUUGCUAGGCCCGCCCUUUGCGUCACCGUCAUCCGCAUAUUUUGAGCAUUUGACUCAUCCGGGUGAAGAAAUUGCUUACGACUCGGAUGGCAAUGUAAUAGUUGACCCUGCCCGAAAGCCAUGUCCUAUAGGACUUGUGCGAGCGGAACACUUCCAGCCCGAGCGAACAUAUACCACUGGCAAAGACGAGAAAACGGGCGAAGUUCAUGAUCGCAUCGCGGUAUGGCGUCGACAGGACUUCUCUGAUGACUGA